AUGGAGCAGGAGGAGUUCAAGAUCAGGGGCUUGCUCUUGCUCUCUGUGGCAACUUGUUCCCAGGCCACAAGUGCCACCAGGUCCUGUGGUAGAAACUGUGUGCUUGUCACUUUUACCUAUGCACAAAGCUGCCCAGCUCCUCAGCUCUCUAACUGCUCUGUGCUGCAGAUUAGUUUCUAUGAAGACCGAAAUUUUCAAGGCCGCCGCUAUGACUGCGACUGUGACUGCUCAGACUUCCGCUCGUACCUAAGUCGCUGCAACUCCAUUAGAGUAGAGGGAGGCACCUGGGCUGUGUACGAAAGGCCCAACUUCUCGGGGCACAUGUACAUCUUACCCCAGGGCGAAUACCCGGAGUACCAGCAAUGGAUGGGCCUCAAUGACCGCCUAGGCUCCUGUCGAGCCGUCCAUCUGUCUAGUGGAGGCCAGUAUAAGAUUCAGAUCUUUGAAAAGGGUGACUUCAAUGGCCAGAUGUAUGAGACCACGGAAGACUGUCCUUCUAUCAUGGAACAGUUUCGCCUGCGAGAGAUCCACUCCUGUAAGGUGCUAGAAGGCACCUGGAUUUUCUAUGAGCUACCCAGCUACCGUGGCAGACAGUAUCUUCUAGACAAGAAGGAGUACCGGAAGCCUGUUGAUUGGGGUGCAGCAUCCCCUGCAGUCCAGUCAUUCCGCCGCAUUGUGGAGUGACAGCCUGGAGUGGGACCACAGAGUUCUCCCUGAGGGCUGAACGGGAGGGCUGAACUCUGCUGGCUGCCUUGUGGUCCAAAUAGGCUACGUAAAU